CAGCGCUCAGGUGGGGUCAUGAGCUGGGCGUAGUUUGGACAUAUAAACGUAUGUUUAACAUGAUGACAACGUACAGCGAAACCUAAUGCAUUACAGAAACUAUCCGAAGUAAGGAGUAAAAAAAAUAAAUAAAAUAAAAAUAAAUAGGUGAGAAUCAAGAACACAUUACGAUCAGUGUAGGAAUCAACGGAAAGCUUAAAACAACACAGACAUUGUCCCAACGAGUAAAAGAGCAAACCUAAGCGCUUCUCAGGCAAAUCAGUUACAGUCGUUUCAAAUAGGAUGAAGCCGAAUGAGAGGAAGGAGGCUUUGUUAGCCAUCAAGGAAAACAUUGAGAUGGACUUGUUCUCUUCGGAAGAGUCCUCUGAGGUGCUCUCAACACAAGAGCUGGAUGAAGAGAAUUGCUUUUACCAGCGGAUAACCAUUCAUCACCGGAGCAAACUGAACCUGGAGCAUCCUUUGGUCUCUAUUUGGGAGGAAGAGCUGACACCAGAGGGCCAUGCUCAGCAAGAUGGACUGCAGAACCCCAAACCCAGCACGGUGACUCCUGCUCAGGAAAAUAAAAGCAUUGAACGCCGUCCCCCUCCCCCUGUGUUCAUGGAUGACAUAGAGAUAGAAAUGGAGGUGAUUCCUCCCCCCAGAAAGUCUGAGGCUAAGCUUGUGGAGGUCGUGACCACGACAUUUCACACAGCCUCUUUAAACAAAGCAAGCCGAAUGAAAUGGAAGAGACUGACUCCAGAGCAGACUGGGUUGGUGGUCAAAGAUGUGAUCUGUUUACGGAGAGGCCACUACAGUGAAGAAAUCAUGAGAAACACUGCACCACAAGGCAAAGAGCAAGCAGCAAUUUCAGCCAUGGGAAUGACUGCCAGGAUCACCAUUGACCGUGAAUGGUCAGCCAAACAGAUGGAGAGUCGGUUGGUGGUGCUUUUCCGAGGGCGAGUUGCAAUACAGGCUGGACAAAGAUUUUCUUUUACAUAUUUACAGAUACUGUGCUGUAGUUUGAUGUACAGUGCAUACAGGGGGUUCCGUUUGUCCCAGUCACCCCUUCAGAAGGCUGGACCGGAGCACAGGUCCUCAAAAUCACAGGGCAAGGAGCUCUGUAUAUUGUCAGCCAUCAUGACAACCUGCAGGCAUCAAGUGAUACAGUUGUGGUUGACGGGAGACAAUUAUGUCUGGAGGAAGUUGGAGAGAGCUGCCCAGAUGGAGAUAAUCUGCAGAAAAGAUGGAGCCAGCCACACACUCAGGAGAGCAUAGACGGCGCGAGUUUUAUUUAAAACAUAUUUAUAGAGCACUUUUCAUACAUUUAAAGUGCAACACAAAGUGCUUUACAGCGAAAGUAACGAAAUAGACAAGAACCCACCGCUCCCAUCCUCACAUAUAAACGCAAAACAUGUGCACAGCCCAAAGUAAUAACGCACACUGCACAUAUUGAUUUAAUAGUGUAGAAACAUGACAAGGCACUGAGAACCCCGGUGAGGAAAGACAACCUGUGGGAGCCAUUCACACAGAGAGGUGUCACAGCCGCAGGAUGCCACUAUAGAGACCAUCAUGACCCGGGUAGACUGGGAUGGACUCCUCACUUUGCCCAGAGUCCCCCGAGCCCGGGGAAACUGCAGGAUGACAUCCCCACAGGCAGUCGUGAUACCCUCAGCUCUUCCAAAGGUGCAGUGGCAUAGAGGCUGAAUGCAGCAGUUUUAAUUACAAGGCCAGUGCCAGAGGACCUCAGGACCUGCGAGGGUUGAUAUGACAAAAGCAUAUCAGAUAAAUAUGAUGGCCCAAGAUUGUUAAAACCUUUAAAAACUAGUAAAAUAAUCAUGGAAUCAAUCCUAAAAGACACAGGGAGCCAAUGCAGUGAUCUUAAAACUGGUGCAAUGUGUACCCACCCUCUCAAAAAUUCAAAACUUGACAUUGAGGAUUUUGUAGAGCGUCACUCUCACUGAAAUAUCCUGAAUAUUCAGAAAAGCAACAUUAGCAGCUACAGAAAAACAUUCUAAAACAUAUUCACUCAUAAAAUGCAUCUACUCUGAUUGAAAAUGUAUUCUAAAUUGUAGUUGGACCAUAUUUGAAUAAAUACACGUUACUUAUAGGCUCCUGCUUCUGGAUUCAUGGAUAUUACUUAUGGACCUGCAUCAUCAUAAUUCGUGGAGCAAUUAUUGUUCACCUAUUCUUGAAGAAAUAAUCAUGUCCUCAAGGGUUUGUCAUGUCAUUAUGAGGCAUGAUGAAGCUCUCUGAUUGUUUGUGUUUUCUGUAUUUGAAAUGUAAUUUAUAUGAAUGGAUGCUGUCUAGUCUCUGCUAUUUACGCAGUGAGUACUUAUGGUGCCUUUUGUCAGUGUCGCGAAAUACUAGCUCAUUCAAUACUGCUGACAGAAAAAACAACUUUUGCAUCGAUUUCCAUGUAAUGAUGCCUACCUUACCCACAUAUAUGGAAACUGAAAUAUGUUUGUCGACAAGCGUAGAUCAGGCUGAUUUAUUACAAUCAGAGAAAUUGUGUAUGGGGGGAUUUUUACUGGAAUUUUUAGUUGUAGUGUGACGAACCAAUGUUUGGAUUUUAAGUAUCAUUGAAGUGUUUUUAAUUGUUCUUAUCCAUUCUGAGAGAAGUGUAAAAUUAAACUUUUGAGUUGA